AUGCCUGACCUCCAUUCACUCCCAGAGGGCUGGUGGCCGGAACACGCCAUCCGCAACAACGGCCCUGACGCAUUGGUGCUGGAGAGAAUGAAACUGCGUGAGCUUGCUGAGGGGUGGCCCUGCUAUCGCGACGCCUGCGAAUGGGAAAACUUCGCAUCCAUCUUCCACCCCGGCGCACACAUCUACACCACCUGGUCCGGCAAAGUGUUAUUCACCGAGUUCUUUGCCGUUUCAAAAGCCGGUAUGGACCGCGGCGCCUUCAUCAUGCACCGCUGCCACGGGACCACAACAGAUAUCACUCUCGAUGCCCAGCGCGCAGUGACCAAGAUGAAGGCCACGAUCACGCAACGAUUCGCCCUGGAGGACGGAGUCGAGGUCGAUGUUGAGUGUGACUGUCGCUUCUGCUUCUUCUUUGAGAAGGUGGAUGGCCGGUGGGGCGCGCGUUUUGUUCGGCACUGGUAUGAGAAAGAUAAAUUGCUCCCGGUGAAUCCGGCUAGGGUGCCAAAGAUUGAUGAGGGGGGGUUGGCGGCGUACCCGGAGGGGUAUAAAUUCUUGGCGUAUUGUCAGGAGCGGACGAUGGGUGUUGAGGUUCUUAUGGAUAUGCCGGGGCAUAAUCGGCACAAGGGGACAUCGGCGGGAGAGAAGCAUGAUCUGUUGUAUAUGCAGGCGAAGGCGUGGCUGGAAGGCGAGGAUAUUGAGAUUUAG